AUGCCGCGCUUACCGCCGCUCUUCCCGCUGCUGCUUCUGCUGCUGCCGCCGCUGGCCCUGGGCCUCGGGCUCCGCGGUGCGGACAGCCGGCGCCCCGAGUGCGGCCCGUGCCGGCCGGAGCGCUGCCCGGCGCUCGCCGGCUGCCCGGCUCCCGGGAUCUCUGCGCGCGACGAGUGCGGCUGCUGCGCGCGCUGCCUGGGCGCGGAGGGCGCGAGCUGCGGGGGGCGGGCGGGCGCGCGCUGUGGCCCGGGCCUGGUGUGCGCGAGCCGGGCCGCGGGGGCGGCGCCCGAGGGCACCGGGCUCUGCGUGUGCGCGCAGCGCGGCGCCGUCUGUGGCUCCGACGGCCGCUCCUACCCCAGCAUCUGCGCGCUGCGCCUGCGCGUUCGGCACUCGCCCCGCGCGCACCUCGGCCACCUGCACAAGGCGCGCGAUGGCCCCUGCGAGUUCGCUCCUGUGGUCAUCAUUCCUCCCCAGAGCGUCCACAAUGUCACCGGGGCACAGGUGUGCCUGUCCUGUGAGGUGAGGGCUGUGCCCACCCCAGUCAUCACGUGGAAGAAGGUCACACAGUCCCCUAGGGGCACCCAGGUGCUGGAGGAGUUGCCUGGGGACCAUGUCAAUAUCGCUGUCCAGGUGCGAGGGGGCCCUUCCGACCACGAGGCCUCCGCCUGGCUUUUGAUCAACCCCCUGAGAAAGGAAGACGAGGGCGUGUACGAGUGCCACGCGGCCAACAUGGUUGGGGAAGCCCAGUCCCACGGCACGGUGACGGUUCUCGAGCUGAGUAAACCCAAGAGCCCCCGCUUCCCGGCUCCAGAUGACCACAUGUGAUGGAGAACGGUCUUAGAAACAUUGAUCACAGGAUGAUGGAAAAGUCAAGUUAUGGAUCUUUGUGCUUUGUGAAGAGUUGAAAAAUACUGUGUUUGUAGAUGACCCCUUUUGUAUGUUUUUAAAAAUUAGAUGCAAACUAGAUUCGUAUGCAGAUGUAGUUUUUAGCAGGGCAAACGUUGUGAAAACAGACGUGCAUGUGGGUUUUUAUACUUUUGAAAUGUAUUGCUCCAUGAGAAUUCCUUUUUUAAUCACUCCCUCCCAGGGAGAUCACAUAAUGAUAUGUUUGCAGUUCUAAAGGGCUCAAAACAAGGCAUGUGUCACCUGUGACUCUUUACCUCAUUUGUCUGUGACCUCUUAGUGGGUGCUCUGUGACUUAGCGUGUGCUGUAGAAGGAGGGAGGAGGGUCCUGGCUCUCCUCUGCCUGACCUCAACUUUCUGUGUGACCCGGGCAGCUCCCUCUCCCUCUCUGGGCCCUGGUCUCUUCACCUGGAGUGUGGCAUUUGGACUGGACAUUACCAGUGUCCCCUCUAGCCCUGCCAUCCUGGAGGAAGGUGGCCCUAUGGAAAAAACACAGGAAGUGUGGUCUUCGCAUUCUUUUAGAAAUGGUAUUCCUUCAAAAACAAAUUCCGUUGCUCAUACCAGGGUGUGGACAGCUGGCUGUAGCUCUUCUAUUCCUGCCUUUUUCCCAGUUUAAAGAGAUUUAGUCUUAGGUGCUUUCCCAGAUUCAGGAGCCCCUGGCUGGGCGUUUGGAGCCCAAAACGUCCACAUGGUGGCCCCACGUUCUCUAACCAGGGGGGCUGCGGAGACCUGGCUUCUGGACGCCAAUUGUAGAAAGGCGGCCAGUGUUCUCUGGGCUGUGGAACCGGAGUGUAGUAGAAUACAUUUUACUUACAGACAUUUUGGCCUCAUCCAGGAAUAAGGUUUUAUUUUUGUCUUUUUUAGUGAAAAAAUGAAAAGAGAAUAUUUACUGUCUGGUCUAAAAAAUAGAUCUCUAGGUGAUUACAGUUUUUUAAAGUCAGAAUUGGGAUCCCUUAUUGUGGACUAGCCUUUAAAGUCAUGAAGCUCUUCCGCAGCCGUGGUCCUCACUCUGGGAGGGGUGGGCAGGGCAGGUGUUAGUGUCCCUCCCUUUUGCAGGUGAAGAAACCAGGCUCUAGGUGGUAAAGCUAUAAUACUUGCCCAAGGUCUGAAGGCCUCUGAGAAGGACCAGGACUCGGGGCGCCCGGCCCUUCUUGCCACCCUUUCUCCUCCAUGGUGCUGCUUCUCGGGGCAAUCCCAGAACUGUGUGAAAGAAGAUGCUGCCAAUCCCACAGGUUUCAGGGACUUUUACCAAGGUUCAUCCCAACUUCUAAAGCACACUCUCAUGCCACUCACACUGAGCAUUAUUACAUUUUGGAAUCCUUGUUAGAGUUGGAUUUUCUGCCUUUAAGCCUGGCCGUUCCGUACCUAAGAUAUUGGGAUGGUGUCAUGGCAGAACAAGACUGGCCUGGGAAUCUGGAAACAGGCGGUCCAUUUGCAUAUCUCUCCCUGGCUUGCUGUGUGACCCUGAGCAAGUCCCCUUCACUUUCUGGGCCUCAGUGUCCUCAUCUGAGUAAGAGGAGAAUGAAACUAGAUGAGUGGUUUGCAGACCUUAAAACACUGGAGCCUCUGUUUGUAAACUAUUGGGAUUGAACUUGAUCAAACAGGAAGCUGCUCUUUUCUGUUGGGGUUUGGGACUGCCUGGGGACCUGCUCAUUCCCCCUCACUCAGCACCCCCUGCCCCUACUCACUUCUCCCCCACUGUGAUGUAUUUCUGUGUUGGAGGGUCUGUAGUUAAUUCCCCUGUGAUUUGAAUGGCUGGGAAAUGAUUUGCUCAGGCCCUUAGAGAAACCAUGUCAGAAGGAAUAGUGGCGCUGUGGCUCUGGAGAAGGUAGUGGAACAACAUGCAUCUGCUAAUGAGCACAUUCUGCAGAGUCAAUUGAAAGGCCUCAAAUUUGCCUAGACCCAGAGAGCAGGGUGCAUGGAGCCCCGAGGUGGCAGUGCUGAGCAGCAAGAGCGUGGGGGGCUGGCUUUAGCAUGCAAAAAUAAAUAAAUAAUAAAUGUCACACUGUCUGAAAUUUUUACCAAAACCGAAAAGGCGGAUUAACAUGAUCGUUCCAACCUAAUGGCUUUUGAAAUGUGAGUACCCAGAGACCUCUUCAGUGGCUAAGAGAACGAGUGCUGUGGCUGCUGUCAUCACGUGGAGACAUAAUCAUCCCUGCCCCCAAAGCCUGUGUUUUUCUACCCUGUUUUCAUAGAUGUCAUGGUGCCACAACCUCUGCAC